UUACGGGUUCCAUGUUUUUUUAAUGGAAAUUGAUAAAUUUGCUCACUAGACCUUUGCACAAAGAUAUGCAGCAAGACAUGCUCAUUGAAGGUGUUCAAACAUUCAGUUUUUGCAAUCUAACAUGGUCAUUACAUUGGAUUCUCUUGAUGCCCAGCAUUCCUCUGACAUAAACAAAAUACAAGAACUUGGUUGGUUCAGCAAAAGGUUGAAAUUAGUAGGAGAUAACUUAGCUGUAGCCACCAUGCAUAGAAGGAACAUUAGGCUGCGAAGAGAGUACCUAUACAGGAAAAGCUUAGAAGGGAAGGAGCGUUUGCUCUAUGAGAAGAAACGCAAAAUCAGAGAAGCUUUAGAAGAGGGAAAACCAAUUCCAACUGAGCUCAGGAACGAAGAAGCUGCUCUUCGGAAAGAAAUCGAUCUUGAAGAUGAAAUUACUGCUGUACCUCGAUCAACUAUUGAUGAUGAAUAUGCUAAUGCACCUGAAAAAGAUCCCAAAAUUUUGCUUACCACUUCAAGGAAUCCUAGUGCUCCUCUUACUCAGUUUGUCAAGGAGUUGAAAAUUGUGUUCCCUAAUGCUCAGCGGAUGAAUCGUGGUGGUCAGGUUAUAUCAGAAAUAAUUGAAACCUGCCGAUCUCAUGAUUUUACAGAUGUAAUUUUGGUCCAUGAGAAUCGUGGUGUGCCUGAUGGUAUUGUCAUUAGUCAUCUGCCUUUUGGUCCAACUGCUUACUUUGGAUUGCUCAAUGUGGUGACUAGACAUGAUAUUAAGGACAAAAAAUCUAUGGGAACGAUGUCUGAGGCGUAUCCACAUUUGAUUUUUGACAAAUUUUCAACUAAGCUUGGUGAGAGGACAGUAAACAUCCUAAAGCAUUUGUUUCCUGUUCCCAAGCCUGAUACAAAACGAAUCCUCACAUUUGCUAACCAGUCGGACUACAUCUCAUUCAGACAUCACGUCUAUGAAAAGCAUGGAGGUCCAAAAUCAAUUGAGCUGAAAGAAGUUGGCCCUCGAUUUGAACUACGGCUUUACCAGAUCAAAUUAGGAACAAUGGAUCAAGACGAAGCUCAAAUCGAGUGGGUCAUAAAGCCUUACAUGAACACAUCCAAAAAACGAACCCUUCUAGGGGACUGAUAAACAAGCAACAGAAUAUGAACUUUGAAGCCUCUGCCUCUUCCCGUUUGCACUAACAGAAGUUGAUCGUUGCUGCAAGUCAUGUAUUUGACCAUUAAAAUGCAGAUGUGAUUGAUCCUAGAGCUACAUUUGACGUAAUUUGCCGCUUCCUGUUCCAGAGAGAUGCUGUAAAAUCUGCCUCUGUAGGAAAAGAAAAGAGAAACGAACUCUCUUUGUUUUAAGUAGUCAUUUGGUCUUUUCCCCUGAACUGGGAAUAUAAUGUUAUGUAUAGUGUGCUAA